AUAGCAAAAGGAAAAAUGAUUAACCAGUCUCCUUUGAAUCCUAAAUCUCCAUCAUCCAUUGAUUUAACGGGCAUGCCUAGAGAGUUUCAUUUAGCACACACAUUAGCAACUGGAUUGUAUGGCGAUGAAUUCAUUGAUAUCAACAUGGAUGCCGAUGUAGUUGGGAUACAAUAUGGAUUCAAUGUUAAUCAGGAAGAGAUUUUCCGCUUUCUAAGGAAGGAGACUGUUGAUAUAAGUGCAAUCACGAUGUUUUGUAUAUAUCUUUAUGAACAUUUCGAUUUGAAAGGAAAUGCAAAUUAUGGGUUCUUAUGUCCAAACAUGAAUCAAGAGGCGACAGAUCACGAUACGAGGAUCAAUUAUGUUGCUGAAGUUAUUCUUAAAGGAACUAGAAAGUACUAUCUUGCACCAUAUCAUGAAGGUAACCAUUGGACAUUAUGUGUUAUUUGUCCAAAUUUGAACGAGGUCUUUUGGUUUGACUCAAUUGGGGGAAGACCAACUAAACAAAUCAAGCAGAUCAUAGACGCAUCAUUUGCACAAGCUUCACUUAAAGGUAGAAAGCCGGUGAACCGAUACAAGACUACGAAAUGGACUGUUUGUCCUUGCCCAAUGCAACCAGGAAGCGUGGAAUGUGGUUAUUAUGUAAUGAGAUUCAUGUAUGAUAUUAUUUCUGCACAAACAAAUCAAAACAUGAAUAAGAUUUUUGCCCCUCACAAGAAAUAUACACAAGGCGAUCUAGAUAUUGUCCGGGGCAUGUGGUGUAAAGCUUUAUGCAAGUACAGCUUAUGAUCUUGACAAUCAUGGUGACACAUCUGAAAAUGGAGACCGCAUUGAGAGGAUAAUUGCAAGGCUGAACUGUCAUUCUUUUUUAAUGUAGUUUAAGUAAACUGGUAAUGGAUUGGAAUAUCUUUUGAAUUGGUGAGCUAAUUUUGUAAUGGUGAAUUAGCAUACUUUUUGGAUUUGUGUUAUAAUUUUGCAUUGGUGAACUAGCAUAUGUUUUGGAUUGGUG